CUGAGGAAAAAAAAAAAAAUUUGGUGCGUGGCGUUGUUUGUCCGUGACGCUUUUUGGCUUUCUGAGUCUGCGUGCGUACUGUCCCGAAACUCAGCUCCUACUCAGAUCACUCCUUCAAAGUUCUACAGUUGAUCUCUCACCCUCACUUUGUCUUUGUCGUCAAGCCUCAAGUUUGUUCUCAGAUUCAUUAGAACAGCAGUUGGAGAAUGGAUUCCUGUGAUUGCAUAGACGCACAAUGGCCCCCUGAUGAGCUUCUGGUGAAAUAUCAGUACAUCUCUGAUGUCUUUAUUGCCCUCGCCUAUUUCUCCAUUCCCUUGGAGCUUAUAUAUUUUGUGCACAAAUCCUCUUUCUUCCCAUAUAGAUGGGUGCUCAUGCAGUUUGGUGCUUUUAUUGUUCUUUGUGGAGCAACCCAUUUCAUAAAUGUCUGGACAUUCUAUAUGCACUCCAAAACUGUUGCUGUGGUCAUGACUGUUGCAAAGGUUUCCUGUGCUGUUGUAUCAUGUGCUACUGCUUUAAUGCUUGUUCAUAUUAUUCCGGAUUUACUAAGCGUCAAAACUCGGGAGCUGUUUCUCAAAAACAAGGCUGAAGAGCUUGACAGGGAGAUGGGCCGUAUGCUAACUCAGGAAGAAACAGGAAGGCAUGUUAGAAUGCUCACUCAUGAAAUUAGAAGCACAUUGGACAGGCACACUAUACUCAAAACCACUCUUGUUGAGCUGGGUAGGACUUUAGGCCUCCAGGAAUGUGCUUUGUGGAUGCCGUCCAGAACUGGUAUGAACCUACAGCUUUCUCAUACUCUGAACUAUCAAAUACAAGUUGGCUCUACUGUGCCAAUAAACCUUCCUGUAGUCAAUGAAGUCUUCACUAGUUCUCGAGCAAUUCGUAUACCAUACACCUGCCCACUGGCCAGGAUCAGACCACUUGUCGGGAGAUAUGUUCCACCUGAGGUUGUUGCUCUGCGGGUACCCCUAUUAAAUCUUUCGAAUUUCCAAAUCAAUGACUGGCCUGAUCUCUCUGCCAAAAGCUACGCAAUCAUGGUUCUGAUUCUACCCACAGAUAGCACCAGAAAGUGGCGAGACCAUGAACUGGAACUGGUUGAUGUUGUUGCAGAUCAGGUAGCUGUUGCUCUUUCACAUGCUGCUAUUCUGGAAGAGUCCAUGCGAGCCCGUGAUCAGCUCAUGGAGCAGAACAUUGCUUUAGAUUUAGCACGGAGAGAAGCAGAGAUGGCAAUCCAUGCUCGCAACGAUUUCCUUGCUGUCAUGAACCAUGAAAUGAGGACACCAAUGCAUGCAAUUAUUGCACUGUCUUCUCUUCUGUUAGAGACGGAACUGAAUUCAGAACAAAGAGUUAUGAUAGAGACAGUACUAAAGAGUAGCAACCUUUUGGAAACACUUAUUAAUGACGUUCUUGAUCUUUCUAGACUUGAAGAUGGCAGCCUAGAGUUAGACAUUAGAAAGUUUAACCUCCAUGGAGUUUUCAGAGAGGUAAUCAAUUUGAUACAGCCCAUCACAUCUGUGAAGAAGUUGUCUAUGAGUUUGAUUCUAUCCCCAGAUCUACCUGUUUGUGCUGUUGGAGAUGAGAAUCGGCUUAUGCAAACUAUUCUAAAUGUUGCUGGUAAUGCUGUGAAGUUUACAAAGGAGGGAUAUAUUUCAAUUGUAGCAUCUGUGGCAAAACCGGAAUCUUCAAGAGACUGGCGACCACCUGAAUUUUAUCCAGCAUCCACUGAUGGCCACUUUUACCUGCGAGUUCAGGUUAAGGAUUCUGGCUGUGGUAUUCUCCCACAAGAUAUUCCUUAUCUUUUCACCAAAUUUUCUCAGCCCAGAAGUGGAUCCAAUCGAAUAAAUGAUGGUGCUGGACUUGGACUUGCCAUUUGUAGACGGUUUGUAAACACCAUGGGAGGUCACAUCUGGAUUGAGAGUGAGGGCAUUGACAAAGGGAGCAUUGUUGCAUUCAUUGUCAAGCUUGGGAUAUGCGACAAUCCUUGUGAUACAACAGCAGCACACCAAAUGGCACCUCAACCACUACCACAACCACAACCAAAUUAUGGCAGUGGAGAUCUCAUUGCGCACAGACCAACCUUCAGCUUUAGGGAUGGUUGUUACACCUCAUCAAAUCCACGCUAUCAAAGAAGUGUUUGAAAGCCGAUGGUCGUACAUGUUUGACAUUUUAGCACGUUGGGGAUUUAGGAUGUUAAUCGAGGUUGUAAAACAUUCUGGUUUUUGCCUUUUCUUCUUUAAUUUGAGCUCUUUAGCCCGAAAGGUCGCCCAUUAUGCCAUCAAACAUACAAGAUAAGACGCAUUAAUGGGAUUCAACGAUACUUCUUAAUUAUUGCUAAAUCUUCUUCUCUAAAACAAAUCA